AUGGCCCCGUCGCCGCCGAGACUUCGCAUUCUAUCAGUUGGUGGUAAUGCGGUGUCUGCUUUUCUUUCCUGGAGACUCCAGGCCACGCAUUCUUGUGAUGUGACGCUGGUGUGGAAGUCCAGCUUCGAGUCCGUCCAGCAGUACGGCAUAUCCUUUAAGUAUGGCUACUCUCUCUCUACCCUUAGAUCUCGCCUUGGGGGGUACCUUGGUUGGCUCACACUUAUUGUCAAAAUUAGGUCGAAGGUGUUCGGCAACGAACGCUUUAAACCUCGACACGUUGUCCGUACGCCAGAAGAAGGUGCCUCCAUAUCGUCGUCAUACGAUUAUGUGAUUCUCUGCGUGAAAGCUCUGCCAGAUAUCUACGAUCUCGCCGGCGUGAUCGAAUCAGUCGUUACCCCCCAACAUACAUGCAUCCUGGUCAAUACUACGAGCACAAUAGGUAUCGAGGCCCAUUUGGAGCAGAGGUUCCCAAAGAAUGUUGUCCUUUCUCUGGUAUCUGCAGUAGAUAUUGUCCAGACCGGUGCCAGCGAGUUCGAACACACCUCUUCAACCGACCUGUGGGUUGGUCCAGCUUCGAAGAACGCCAUGAUCCCAACAGCCAUCCAGAACGACAUGGCUGCUGCUCUGGCAAUAACUCUCGGCACCGCUCAGGUGAACUGCAAAGUAUCAGAAAAUAUACUCCAGCAACAGUACGAUCGUAUGAUAGGCCCCAUUGCUUUCUACCCUAUCAGUGUCCUUUUCGAAACCCCAAACCACAGUCAGCUCCUAGAAAAGGUUGGGGUGCGUCAAAUGGUCUCAGACGUUCUUGAUGAGUUGAUUGCACUUGCAAAGUCCCAGGGAUGCACGUUUGCCGAUGACUUCAAAGAAAAGACAAUCCAGGCAAUGACAGCCCCGACUGAGAAUCCGAGCAUCAUGUACCAGGACUUCCAGGCCAGGCGGCCCAUGGAAAUCGAAACCUACCUUGGAGCUCCCGUCAAGAUGGCAACUGAGAACGGCGUAAAGAUUCCUCGAAUAGAAACAUUGUACGCCAUGCUACAUCAUAUUAAUAUUACAAAUCAAAACCGUCAGCCCCCAACGGAACCAUCCUCACCCGUCGUUACACUGCCUCCUCGAGUAUCCUCUGCUCCUUCAAGACCGCCGAUGAAUGGUGCCCCUCGAGGCGGUGGAAACUUCCGUGGCCAACCACCACCUCCACGUCGAGGUCCUUCCUCUAUGGCUAACAACCCACGACCUCUACCUCCCCAGGCAAAUGGCCAUGGCCCUCGUGCUCCCAAGCAAGGUAUGCCGCGUGAUCUGUCGUAUGAGGACCCAUCUCUCGACGAAUUCAGCCAUCUUGUACUUUAUGAAGACGGUCAAGACGACGCCCAGUCCCAGCACGGCGGAUACAACGGCCAUACGAACGGGGGGCCAUCUCCUAGUGAAUUGGCGCUAAAGGAGCGUGAACUCAUGCUUCGCCAGCGAGAGAUUGCCCUACGGGAGCAGGAGAUACAAAUGAGGCGCCGUGGAGCCGGCGUUGCGAGAGCUCCAUCGGUUAGAGGCGGUUUUGACGAUGACGACGAAGAUGGCUACGACCUAGACCACCGCAGCCCGGCCAUCCCUCAAAUUGAUCCAGAUAACUUUGACAUGAUGAGCGUAACUUCUCGGAGAAAUAGGAAAACUCCGACUACGCCCGCAAAGGAAUUCCGCAAAAAUCCUGAAAUGAACAGUUCUCGCCCCCCAUCUGUUUUCAGCAGACAUUUUGGUGCUGGUAGACAUCGUGCCAGCGCAAGGAUAAUGGAGGAGAUACCAGGAGUGCAUGAUUCGCUGCUGGACAACCCUAUGAUGAGCUACUCAUCUAACCGAUAUGGUAAUGUUGACAGAAGAGAAAUGCACAACGAAUCAAGAGCGAACUCCUUGACUGCCUCGAGAAUGGGCGAGAUGGGACAUGGAACAUUCCCACCGAGUAGGAGGACCAGCCAGUCCCCCGGCAAUCCUUCUCUCCCAAACGGCCGGAUGGGUAGACCAGGUACAGGUCCUGAGGGUGGCCAGAUGCCCCUACCGAAUGGAAUGGGACAUAGUGGGAGGCCGUCUCCCCCAGGAAUGAUGAAAGCUCCAGUACCAAGGCACCCGCCUGGUCAAGGUAAUGCUAUAAUGCCGCAUCAGGUCGAGCAACAUGUCGGGGUGAGCAACCAUCCGUACCCCCCCAAAGGUCCUUCAAACGUUCGAAGUCUGACGGGCAGUGCGAGUGCCAGCGCGGAGAGUGGUGAUAGUGGUGCAAGUGCACAUAUCGACUCAGAGAAUUCCGCAUACAGCAGCCAGAGCAGCCUUGAUCCCGUUCAUCGUGGACAUGCAGUUCGAUAA